CAUCCCCAUCUGGCAUUUGGCGUGCUCUUGCUAUUGACUGCCCAACCGCUCUUCUUGCUUCUUUGGCUUUUUGGCUCUCAAACUCUCAGGAAAUGGCGGGAAAAGGAGGCAAGGGCCUUUUGGCUGCAAAAACCACGGCUGCUAACAAGGACAAGGACAAGGACAAGAAAAGGCCUGUUUCCAGGUCAUCCCGUGCCGGAAUCCAGUUUCCUGUGGGUCGUAUUCAUAGACAGUUGAAACAAAGGAUCCAAGCAAAUGGGCGUGUUGGGGCUACAGCUGCAGUUUACUUGGCCUCCAUUCUUGAGUACCUGACAGCUGAGGUUCUCGAGCUUGCUGGAAACGCAAGCAAAGAUCUGAAAGUGAAGAGGAUCACACCUCGGCAUCUGCAGCUUGCUAUCAGAGGAGAUGAGGAACUUGACACCCUUAUUAAGGGCACCAUUGCUGGUGGGGGUGUCAUCCCUCAUAUUCACAAGUCCCUCAUCAACAAGACCUCCAAGGAAUGACCAUCUUUCUCCUAAAUUCUCAGCUCCUAUGCCUGUUUUCUUAUCAAGUUAGAUUGUGCUCAUUAUGAUGACUUUAUCACAGUUACUUGUAGCGUAGGCUGUUUAAUUUAAUCCUUUUGUCUAGAACUGAAAUGGUAGUGUGUAAAUGGUCAUGUGAUGAUCUGUCCUUUAACUAGAGUUGUAAUUUGUAAUGCUGUUGGAUGGUUUCAUAGGCAUUUACGUUGGCCAUCGUGAUUCUGUAAUAUGAAUUCUGCUCAUGCUUAUGGUUGUGUUUAGAAUUUCUUGGUGUUGUUAUUAGUCGAGAAUGUGGGACAGGCUUCUGAUGCGCA